UAUGUUAAGGUAAUAAUAUUAACAGAGAAUACAACGAUAUUUGAAGAAAUAUUUUUCAUUAAAAUAAAUGUAUAUUAUUGUAUGAUUUAUAAUUUUAAUAUGCAAAGUAACGUGAUUAAUUUUAAAAAAAUUGACGAAAUAUUAAAUCUUAAAGGUAAAAAUAAAAGAAGCAUUAUAGAUGCUAAACUAAAAAGUCAAAGAGAAAACCGUAUAAUUGAAAACAAUAAACGGCAAGAAGUUCUCGGAACAAUAGUGAAAAAAUACCACAAAAAAAUCAAAAAAAUACACCAAGAAAAUGUUACAAACAAUAAAAAAAAGUUGGAAGACAAACAUCAAAAAGCAGCAAAAAUACAAUUAAGAUUACAAAAUCACAAAACACUUGAGUGCCGUAAAAAUGCAAAAAUAAUAAAUUUUAUAAAAAAUAAAGACAUAAAAUCACAAAAACUAUUGGCCGAAAGAAAAUACCAAAGGCUUUCUGAAAAGCAAAAAAGAGAUAAUGAACGUUUUUACAAUAAAGUUGAAUAUCAAAAAAUAACACUAGUAAAAAACCAACAGUUAAUCGACAAAUGUUUAGAAAAUAAAACAUUUAACAGUCUUGAAAAUAACCAAGAAUUGUCUGAAGAGUACGAAGAAGAAAUAAAUGAUGAACCGAUCGAAGAAAUAAUUACUGAAGAGGAGUGUAUCAUAGAUUCUGAUCAAUCAAAAUUAGAAAUGAUACAUAACCAAACAAAUGUAGAUAAUGUUCGAGUGUAUUUAAAAAGAAUUGCUAUGUUAAAAAAAAACUUCAAUAAUUGCGAAACUGGAAGACAUUUUCUACAAAAGCUUGGACCAAUUUGGGACUCGCUUACACAAUGCUUUUAUAGAAAAUCAUUAAUCUUGAAAGAUAUGGCCAAGAACUCAGACAAUAUGAUGCCUGAUGGUUUCAGAAAAAUCUACGAAAAAAUAAAUCUUGAUAAUGACAAGAAUGUGACUAAACGUUCCUUGGGAUUAGAUGCAUCGUUUUUGGAAAUCUUUAUAACUGAUUUGGACUAUGAGCUCAGUGAUGAAGAUGUAAAUAAUGCAUUGACUAAAGCUAAAUACCUUAUCGAUAAAUCAACGACCGCAUUUGAUGUAAUGAAUUUAGUUAAGUUUAUAUUAGAACAUGAAAUAGACGUUAAUGAGAAUGUUUUGUAUAUCGUAAAUGGUAUAUGCAGAAGAACAGUUUUUGAAUAUGCUAAAAAACGAAUGAGUUAUCGAAUGCUAGGGCGUUCGAAAAAUACAAUCAACAGGCUUAAAUUUUUAAACAAGAACAAUUUGAUUCCAAAACAGUAUUUAAUAACGAAAAACAAUGAAAAUUACGUGGAACCGAUAGUUUUUGACUUUCUAACAAAUGAUGUUAAGUAUGGCUAUUUAACUUCAGAAGAAACGAUUACAGAAUACAACAUGUAUCCAAAUAAUGCUCAAAUAAAAAUGGAAGCAUUUUGGCAAAAGUUGAAUUUUUGCUAUAGUAUAAACAUUCCUAGUAUGUAUUACGAAAAUGUAAUGGAAAAUAUUUUCAAAAUGCCAGAAAAGUAUUGUCUUGAAAAUCACGUCGAUAUUCAAGUCGAUAGAUUGAUGGCAUUUGCUUAUAAACAACUAGCAUCUAAUUUGUCGGGGAAAUCGAAUACAUCCACCUCCUAUCAUAACAUAAAGGAUGUCGAAGAAUUGACCCAUACAAAAUUUAAUAUACUUGCUAGAAAGAUGACAAAGAUGUUGUUUGGAAUGGGUGGAUCUUAUGAAGAAAAGAUAUAUGUCCUAGAAGUUGUUAUGAAACAUAUUGUCAACGAGAUAGCAAAAAGGUCACCAAAAGUACUGUACAAGUAUAAAAAUAAACAUAAAGCUGUUUCCAACGAUACGAAGAUUGAUAUGUCCUUUUUUUUAUCAAAACCAUAAAAAUAUUUGAAAACUAUAAUAAUGUACCUAUUUAUAAUAGUUUAUUUUAUUGUAGAUUUUAAAAUGUUAAAAGUCAAAAAUUGGGGAAAUACUAUACUAUCAAUUUCCCUUUAAGUUAUUAUUCUUGAGAUGCUAAACUAUUUUAAUGUCAAUGCCUUAUGCAUAACUAUAUACUAUAAUGAUAAGAUGGCAUACUGUACAUAAAACGUAGUUAUAGUAACAGAGAACUGUAUUAAUUAAAUAAAUGUACAUAUUAUUUUA